GCGGGUCCUUCCGGGGGGUGACUUUCAGCCGGCCGUUCAGGGCGACGGACUCUCGCUCCUGGAACGAUGGCCCGGUUCGUCCGUAACCUCGCGGAGAAGACCCCGGCGCUGGUGAACGCCCGGAAACGGAGUUCUAACCACCACCGUGAAGGCAGGCGUGUGCGGGACGUCUGGAGCCGCCCGGCAGCUGCCACCCUGACGCCCCCGUAGAUCUCUAGGAGUAGGAAUGUGGAGGCUACGCCUGUUGGUGGAGUCAGGGAAAGGGAACGGCCAGAGACGUGGACGGGCGCGCAGAUUCGGCCUCAUCAGAUUCUGGGAUACUUUGCUUUUUAAUCUGAGAGAAAUUUUAGGUGGAAUCGGACUUUAUGAACGAGUAUCCCUGCCCCGCUGCUGUGACUUACUCGAAGCCUCGAUUGGCCACAUUUUGGUACUAUGCCAAGGUUGAACUGGUUCCUCCAACCCCUACUGAGAUCCCUACAGCUAUUCAGAGCUUGAAAAAAAUAGUCAGGAGUGCUCAGACGGGUAGCUUCAAACAGCUCACAGUUAAGGAAGCUCUGCUGAAUGGUUUGGUGGCCACUGAGGUGUGGAUGUGGUUUUAUGUUGGUGAGAUUAUAGGCAAGCGUGGCAUCAUUGGCUAUGAUGUUUGAAGACCAACCUUUAACAUGUUUAUAUUUGGUUUGUUUUUGAGUGUUCUUGGACCAUGUGUGAUCAGACUAACUUGAAUAAAAUAAGAUAAUGUAUCAAAA